AUCAUAGACUCUCGAUUCGCGCGUUUGUUCGGCCAUUUUCUGUAGCGUUUGAACGGGGUAGCAGCGGAAAAAGAAUAACUUAGGCGUGUACUGGUGUGCGUGUGUCAAUAAAUAGGGCUGUUACCGAGUGUUAUAUUGUGGUUUGUGUGUUUGUACAUCUUUACCGUUGCCGCGCGAGACGGGAGGCCGUUUGCUGGUAAGGCUGCGUAAAUGUCGAGACAGCGUUCUCCGUCGCCACCCACCAGGAGGUUCCCAUGGAACGAAUACGGACAUUACAGACCUACAGAACCACAGCACACGGGUUCAUCGGACCGGAGGCCCAUUUCCAGAGAUGAAGAACGCAGGUUUGGUGUUGACUCGUUCCCAGAAGGCCAAAGAAGACCCUCUCUGCAGGAUGAGCACCAUCAUCUGCGCUUGUCACCAAAUCGCGAUUCGACAGAGCACCAUGUCCUGAGAGGGUCCCCCCAGCGGUACGGGAGGUCCGAGGCGGACAGACAAAGAAGAGGCUUAGGAGAAGACUUGCAGAAUUUUAACAGCAGAGGAAGGCCACCAUUUUCCCCUUUGAGAUUCCCGAGGGAACAGUUGCUGCUACAGCCCAUAGGCAGUCUCUUAGACCUCUCGGAGGGAAAAUCAGACUGGAGGCAGGACGAGGAGGGGAGGGGCCAAGGCCGGUUCCGAGACGUCAAUCCUGGCAUUAGGUCUGAUGAGCAAAGAGGAAGCAAAGGAGAAAGUAAGGCCGAAAGUUUGAACAGAAGCAGACAACGAGAGGAUGUUCACCCCCCGUCAAAGCGGCCGAGAAGAGAAAUGGACGGCCACCGUGACAGCGGGUUCAGGCGAGACGACAAGGACUUUGGGGAUCAGCGCUACUCACCCACUAUGGUCGUCAGUGACCGCCGCAGGGACGCUCUCGUCAAAAACGCUCGUGUCUUCCCACACGAUCAGGGAGUCCCGGACAGCCAGAAACCACUACAGUGGGAGCACUCAGAUAACAGAAAGCAGCGUGACUCUGACAUGCGACAGACACGCAUGUCAGAUAACAGGCCGAUUGUCAGAGAAGAUACCAGAAAACGUCACUUUCCAGAUAAUUGGAGGGACGGCGCCGAAAGCAAGAAGAGCGACCCACCGCGAGAACGAACGGACUUUGCAAGGUUUGACAGAAAAGCCGUUCCGACGAACCAGAGAGGGACUGGUGGUCCUCAUCCGGACAGAGGUCGGUUCAGUCACAACCAGGUCGGAAACAGCGGGAACCUCACCAAGAACCGGACAAACUUUGAGCAGUCCUCACGGUGCUACCAGGACACUCCUCGUGACGAGGCAAAAGCGACGUACAGAUCUCAAAGGAAAGCCGUGGAGGAAGAGGCUCCCCGAUGGACAGACGAAGACGGGCAUCUGAAGCAAGUCUGGCCCGGCAGUCUGGUCCCAAGCUUGCACCGGGGUGAUCUGGAAGCGGACAGCCCCAGACCGGACAACGUUUGGGAAGUACCGGAAUAUAAAAACGUGACCGUGGUAUCGGAGGAAACGCUCACCAUCAAAGUGGACAUGAGCCGGCCCGGCCAGCACACCAGCAUCCGAGGGUGUUCCAGAAAGAGUAACACAAAAAUUCCACGGAAAAAAGGAAAAUGCUCCAUGUCUUACUCCGCGGACCGCCAGCUGUCUUUGGACCUGGUCAACGUGGGUCGCCAGCGUCUGGACUUCCUGCCGGAGGCGUCUCAAAGCAACAAGGGGAGCGGCGACGCGCACGCAGGGACAUUUGCGCAGGAGAUCAUCACGCUGGUGCACCGCGUCAAAGAACUGUACUUCAGAGGCGAAGGCAUCACGUUGAACAACCGUUUCAGUCAGCUGCAUCCAAGGGGCAAUGAUGAAGAGGAGGGGGCGGGGUUGACACUGAACCAGAGAUUCUCAGCUAACAACCUGAAUAUGACGAUGGUGCAUCAAGACAUCCGGCCUCUCAUCCCAGGUUUGAGGGGCCUCCGGAUGUCGCACAGCCCCGGCGACCUGAGACACGACCUCGAGAGGCGUCGUCAGAAACGUUUAGAGGGCGUAACCAUCACCAUACAGGGAAGCGGGCGGCCCUCCCCCGCCAAGGUCAAAUACGACGACCCCGACGUAACGUUUGCGGACGAGCGGCACUACAGACGCGAAACGAAUGCAGGUCCCGGGAAAAGAGGGCGGUACAGGAUGAACGCCGGCCCAACGCAAAGAUUCAAGAACCGAUAACCGGUCAAGACCCAGAACCGCAACAGCAAAGAUGUGGGUAUCCUCAAGGUCCCAGCUGGUGACGCCGCCCGCCGAAGACAAAAUAUUUUGUCGGCUCCCCCCCCCCCCCCCCCCUGCAGUCACUUCCGUUCUCUCUUUUUAAAGUGAGUUCAUGCCACUCCGUUUGUCAUCCAUGUCAUCUUGUUUUAG